CCGGAAGAAAGUGCCGACUCAGCCAACGGUCGGGAAGAGGAGAGCAAGAGGCGUGGAGCUCCCUCUUCGUCCCGAGAUGCAAACCCUAACCCUAGCCCUUUGCGAGGGCCCGUUCAUCGUAAAUUCCCCGCCUCUCUGCCCAAAGAACGGGAUCAAAGCUCUGUUCUUUCCUCCCUCGCCCCCCUUGUCCCAGAAAAACAGAAAGAAAAGUUCUUGGAACGUCCCCAGACCUAUGAGGCAAUGGACUCAAUAUGGAUAUAUAGAUGAGAAAUCAUUGAGGCAUCCAGGGCAACAACUUUCAUUGAAUCUACAUGGAAUGGAACUUCAAUGCCCUGAAAACUAUAGCAGCAAGACGACUUUGGAGUUGAUAGAUACUAAACAUAAACAUGGUUCAGUGGAUAAAUCCCUUGAAGAUAUCAGUAAUGCAAACAGUAACUGCACAUAUGACUUUGCCAAGCACAAUAAACUUCCAUUAUGUGAUAUUUGCAGAGAACUUAAAUUUGCAAUCCCCAUUGGGUUGCUCAGCUUUCAAGUCUGUCAGCAGGCACUUGCAGAUACAGAACUGUCUGGAGUGCAGCCCAUGACUUAUAUAGGGGAUCUGGCUGAUAUCAGUACAGGUUUUGCUUCAGCCUUUUUGCUGAUCUUUUUCUCUGAAUUGGGAGAUAAAACUUUUUUCAUUGCUGCACUACUAGCUGCUAGAAGUUCUGGAGCUGUUGUUUUCACGGGCACGUUUGGAGCACUUGCGGCAAUGUCUGUUGUGUCCGUUGUUCUUGGCCGCACAUUUCACUAUGUUGAUGGUAUCCUUCCAUUUAGGUUUGGCCAGACAGAUUUUCCCAUUGAUGAUUUUGCAGCAGUCUGUCUCUUGGUUUAUUUUGGUGUUACUACAUUGCUUGAAGCUGCUUCAGAUGAUGAACAAAAAAGUAAGGAAGAACAAGAAGAGGCAGAGCUAGCAAUUUCAGAGUUAUCAGGAAAUGGUGCAGGAAUAAUAGCUGCUGCCAAUACAGUGAUCAGCACUUUUCUUCUGGUUUUUGUUGCUGAAUGGGGUGAUAAAUCCUUUUUCUCCACGAUAGCGCUUGCUGCAGCUUCUUCACCUCUUGGUGUCAUUGGUGGAGCACUAGCUGGUCAUGCUCUUGCAACUCUGCUUGCAGUCGUGGGGGGUUCUUUGCUGGGGACAUUUCUCUCCGAGAAGGUUAUUGCAUACAUUGGAGGAACUCUCUUCCUUGUCUUUGCUAUGGUAACACUAGUCGAGAUAGUGAGCUAGUUGGAUUUUCAACUUCUGUUGGCGAAGAACAGGACCAACGCCAUAAAGGCUACCGGAACUAAGACCGGUAGACAAAUGCCACUUCACUUAAAUGAUUUUCCUGUUCAUAGUCGAGCUACAGAAUCUCGUAUGUUCCCACUGUUGAAUUUCUUGGACACGUAUCUCAAAUGAUGUCUCGAUUUUGUAUCAAAUGUUCCCACCAUUGAAUGUUUUGGUCAUGUAGGAGAGGACUUAUUUUUCGUAUUUUUGUUCUGAAUGUCAUAAUGCUUGUAUUCAGAGUUCGUCACUGCUUAAAGAAUUAUCUUUAUACUGGAUAGAAAAAGAAAGCAAUAUCUUAGUUCCUCAAACAAAUUGGAUUUUAUGCAA